AUGAUGGACAGGAGCUUGGUGUCGGCUAUCAGUUAUACACAUUCCGAAAGCGACGGCGUAUCUCCACCCAUCAUUUGUGAAGGACCACGAUAUAGAUAUCAUCCCACAUUGGCGACUCGUAUUGUUCCUGAUGCUCCCUAUCCCGGUUCACAAGGGUUGAGGGUUCGUACAGUCGAAGUUUCUGGAUCGCAAUCGAAUAGUACUGUUACAUUCCCCCCUGGACCUCGUAUCAUGUUCACGGCCAACAAGGAGAUCGUCAUUUCUGCCGGUGCGAUCCGUACUCCACAACUUCUGAUACUUUCCGGCAUUGGCCCCAAAACGCAUUUGGAUUCGAAACAUUGA